UCCAAAUACUACCCAAAUUCGUAUCCGUUUCAACCUCAAAUUCUUACAACAAAUACUCCUUGCCGCGCUCUUACCCUCCUUUCUUAUCGCUGCAAACACAAACUUCUCUUUCUACGAACAAAAAAUCAAAAUUGAGGAAUGUGUAGAGAGCCGGAUGAAUUUGAACAGAGUCAACGUUGGGCUACCUUUCAGUUCUGGAGGAACCUACUCGUUCCAGGAGGAAUCAGAUCUCCUCCAGCUUAAUACCACAGGUUCACGACAGCUUUCCUGUGAGAAACAAUAUGAUAAUCAGAUAGAGUGGACCAAUGAUCAAAGAAGGGUUCCUGUGAAUGGAAUGAUUGGAAAUAGAAUCAAGAGUUUUAUGUGGAAAAGGAAUUUGGACAUUGGCAGGCAGAUGUUCAACAAUUUGGCUGACUGGAAUAGUCAGCCAUCAGUAGAUGCGGUUUUUGAGGAUCAUAUUGGGGAAAUAUCUUCACGUGAAUAUCAAAACCUAUUCCAGCAAGAAGCAUAUUAUCGACAACCAUGGCAGGAUGAAGCACAGGACUUUCUUUCGUCCACCUUGACACCCAUUUCCCAUACGAUAGACCUGGGUGAUUCACCUGUUUGUUUCAGUUCAAAUUUGCAAUCGGUACAGCAUGAUCUCUUAAGGGCUUCUUGUAUGACUAACAGCAUGGUCCAUACAGGAUCCUCAGCUAAGAAGCCAGGUGAAUUUGGAGAAGUACUUUCCCCGGUCAGUGUGUCACAUGUUUCCACAGAGAUUGUUGAUUCUCCUGAGCCAUUCUCAUCUGUUACUGUAUGCUCUGAAGGAGAAUGGAAUGCCAAUAAGGAACCCUAUGAAGAUGGACUAAUGUAUUCAGACAGCGGUUUGCUGAGUAUCUCUGAGUGGGUAUCAAAAAGUCCAAUUAAGCCUCAGUAUUCUGAUGAAGUUGAAUUCAAUCUCAGAAACUCUGGAGAAUACUUGGAAACUAAUCAGAAUAUUUAUCAUGAGAAUGUUCCAGCAUUACAUGGACAAAGUGUAGAGUCCUCUCAUCUGAAUCGUAGGACUUCAGAAUCGGAAGCCAAGUGUUUUUGUAAAGACAACACUUUGCCAACUGCAAUGUCUUAUGAGCUGCCUAAUUCAAGAUCACAUGGGUACUUGGUGGAGCAAGAAGCUACCAUGAGUAAUGUAUCAAGACAAAGAUCCAGUUUACUCAGCGUAUUCCAGCCUUUCCCAGAGCAGUUAACUAGUAUUCAGCAACGAGAUUUUCAUCAACUUCACAAUGGUUCUUCAAAUGUGUCUGGCUGUGAUGUUUAUCCAAUCGGAUCGGCAAACCUUUCAAAUUCAGAUAAUUUGUCUUUACAUGAUAUUCUUGCUUUAUACAUCAAUUACGAUAGUGCAAUAGUGAAUUCUGGGAGAAUUCAAAUUCCUUUUAUGAAUUACUUGCAUUCAACUGUUUGCAAUGGAAAGAGAUGUUGGUGUGAUAGGAACUCGACACUGAUAUCUCAUUUUGAAAACUGUCAAUAUGCUGGCUGUGGGAUGUGCAAGCCUAUCAGAGAGCUGCAUUCUGCAGAUGUUAAGAAGUCGGACAAAAACGUGGUAGAGAUUCUCCAUGAUGAGGAAUGUAGUGGCUUUAGCUCUUAUAUCAAUGAAGCUGCUUUGCCUCCAUCAAAGCGGAAGAGGGUAGAAAAUCUACCUGCGCUUCAAUUUGGUUAUUCUAAUGCUGAUUCUGGCAAUCAGCAGUCCCCUGCUGCUGGACAUUUAUCAUCAUGGCAGUACUUUGAAGGUCCUAUUUGCAGCAAGAAGAAUAUGACAGAGCUCAGUAACAAAUCUGCAAGCUGUGUGGAGGACCGGAAUACAGCUGGUGAAUCAUGUAAUCUUUCCAGCAUCGACAUCUUGCAGGUUGACAAUGGUUCUUUUUCCUCUACAGAGCUUACUAAUAAUUGUGAACUGCAGAAGACAGAGCAUACAUGCACUAGCGGAACAGGUUAUAGUGAGAUUGACAGUUCUUCCCAGAUGAGAGUAGAUAGGUUGUCUUUUCUUCCUAUAGAGCCUACUGAUGAUCAACGAGAGGAGUUACAACGGACAUCUAAGUAUAACCAGACCACUUCAUCUGCAAGAAGAGAUUUAACUGAACCAAAAGCUGAUUAUCAGGUGGGAAUGAGAUCAGAAGAUCCAAAGAGGCUGGGUAUUUCAUUGACGGACUUUUUCACUAUUGAGCAGUUGAAGGAUCAUAUCCACAGUCUCAGACAAUAUAAUCAGAGAUCGACGGGAAAUAUGACAGUACAUCCUAUCUGUGAGAAUAUAUGCCAAUUAUGUGGCAUAGAUAGGCUUGUUUUUGUCCCAACACCUAUAUAUUGUUCAUCAUGUUGUACUUGUAUCAGGCGCAACUUGCUUUAUUAUUGGGCUGAUGACGAAGCUGGGGGACGUCACUAUUUUUGUACAAAAUGUUUCAGGCAAUCGCGUGACGAUAAUGUCUCAUCCCAAGGACUAUUAAUUAGCAAAGAUAAGUUUCGAAAGGCAAAAAAUUGUGACCAAAAUGAAGAAUCGUGGGUACAAUGUGAUAAGUGCGAAUGCUGGCAACAUCAAUUAUGUGCUCUCUAUAAUGCUAAAAAAGAUCUAGAAGGACAGGCAAAGUACAUUUGUCCAUUUUGUUGCCUAAAGGAGAUAGAAGCAGGAGAGCAUGUGCCUUUACCAGUUGCUAUCGGAGCCCAAGAUCUUCCAAGAACUAUGCUCAGUGAUCACAUUGAGCAGAGACUGUUCAGGCGCCUCAAGCUAGAAAGAAAUGAGAGAGCAAAAUUGAAAGGACAGGAUGCUGAUGAGGUACCUGGUGUAGCAGAUCUAACGGUCAGAGUGGUAUUGUCUGUUAACAAAAAGUUAAGAGUAAAGCAGCAAUUUUUGGAUCUUCUUCACAGUGAAGAUUAUCCACCAGAGUUCCAGUACAAAUCAAAGGUGAUACUGUUGUUCCAGAAAAUUGGAGGAGCAGAUGUUUGCCUCUUCGGGAUGUAUGUCCAAGAGUUUGGAUCAGAAUGUGCCCCUCCUAAUAAACGUUGUGUCUAUAUAUCAUAUCUUGAUUCUAUCAAGUACUUUAGACCUGAUAUAGAAACUGUGAAAGGGGAAGCUCUGCGUACUUUUGUAUACCAUGAAAUACUGAUUGGAUACAUGGAUAACUGCAAGAAACAAGGUUUUACAACCUGCUAUAUAUGGGCUUGCCCACCUGUAAAAGGGGAAGACUACAUCUUGUAUUGCCAUCCAGAAUCUCAGAAAACACCAAAACCAGAGAAACUUCGGUUGUGGUAUAGGUCAAUGUUAAGGAAAGCCUCUGAAGAGGAUAUCGUGGUGAACUACACUAACUUGUAUGACCACUUUUUUGUGCCGAGUACAAGGAAUAGUGCCAGGAUAAGUGCUUCUCAUUUGCCAUAUUUCGAUGGAGACUAUUGGUCAGGUGCUGCAGAAGAGAUACUUAGGAAUAUUGACAAAGAGAGCAGAGGUGAUUCACCGAAUAAAGUUAAAAAGCGACUGACAAAGAGGACGUUAAAAGCAAUUGGACAUGACACUCUUUCUGCGGAUACGACUAAAGAUAUUCUAGUGAUGCAAAAGCUGGGGCAAACAAUCUUACCUGUGAAAGAAAAUUUCAUCAUUGUAAACUUGCAUAUUGUGUGCACAAACUGCCAAGAAGCAAUAUUAUCAGGAAGCCGAUGGUCUUGUGAGCAGUGCAGAAACUUCCAUAUGUGUGCGAGGUGCCUUGCUCUGAAGGAAAACCUUAGUGAGCAGAAAACACACACUUCCACUAGUGGAGAAGUGCAUUUACUUUCUGAGGUUGUGGUGGACGAUAUACCUGCUAAUACUGAGGACCGAGAUGUCAUUAUUGAAAAUGAUCUUUUCGAGAAUAGGCAUUCUUUUUUAAGCUUCUGUGAGAAAAAUCACUAUCAAUUCGAUACGCUCCGUCGCGCCAAGCAUUCCUCAAUGAUGAUAUUGUAUCAUCUCCACGAGAACAUUCACCUGUCCAAAACUGACUCUGGCUUCGGAAAGGAGCAAUUUGAGGGGCAGAGACCAUUGCAGGUCAAAUUAAUGGAUGUACUGGUGCAUGCAUCUCAAUGCCGUCCAACCCCAAGUAAUCCCUGCUCGUACUCAGCAUGCCUCAAAAUUAGGAAACUUUUUCAACAUGCAAGCCGGUGCAAUGUUAGAGUUCCAGGGGGGUGCGUACUUUGUCGCAAAACCUGGUCCCUACUGCAUUGGCAUUCAAAGACCUGUCAAGAUUUCAGUUGCCCAGUUCCCCGUUGCAAGGACAUUAAAAAGCAUGUAGCAAGAAGGAAUUCAUCGCUUCAGAGAGGUGAAAGGGGUUAGCGACUACAUGAAAUUACAUUGCCAUGAUUGCCCUGGUGUAAAUUCAUUGCAAGUGUACAGUUAGUUCGGUAAUUGACAACGUUGACUUUAUGUACAGUGACAAAGGCUCAUCAACUGGUGGCGAAGUUUUUUUGAAGAUCGCCACAAAUCCUGCUCAAGAUCCUAAUGUAUAUGUUAAACAUUAAAUGUACAUAGAGUUGCCAUUGUAGUUGAGUAACAUGGUUUAGGACUUUUUAGCUUGCCUCCCUAGAUACCGCGGAGCUCCAGAUAUUUUUGUAUAUUACAAAUAGUGAAUUUAGUCAAAGUGUAGUUGUCCUUUUCUAUAAAUAUAAUAUAAGUAGUUAGUUUAGUA